AUGGCAAAUAAACUAAUUGAAGAUUUUGCGAAUGGUAGAAUUAACCCAACAUAUAGAUGUGUGCAAAACUGGCAUGACCAGUGGAGAUUACUAAACCUAGGACCUCGUACUGGUCAAGGAGUAAUUAUGAAACUAGAAGAAAAAAAAGAAACUUAUGCUACAAAUGGGAUUUCAAUUUACUUCCAAGAGGAACCAUUUGUUAUUCUUAUAUUAACUCCAAUUAUGAAACGAGCACAUGAUUUACCAUUAUCCAAAGAUAUUGUAUUUGUGGACUCAACUAGUUCUUGUGAUCCUGAAAACCAUUGCAUUACAUUUUUACUUACUCCAUGUGCUGCUGGUGCAGCUCCUUUAGGUGUAAUUUUAUCCAAAGGCCAAAGCGAAGCAUCCUAUUCAAGUGGAUUUAAUUUAAUAAAGCAAAAUGUAAAAAAUGCAUUUGGUGGUCAAGGUUUCCCAUCUUUAUUUUUGACAGAUAACUCAGAUGCCGAAAUCAAUGCACUGAAAACUGUGUGGCCACAGUCGAGAUCGCUACUUUGCAUUUUUCAUGUUCUACAAUCAGUUUGGAGAUGGCUCUGGGACGGUAAAAAUAAUAUUAAAAAAGAAGAUCGCACUUCUAUGAUGCAUAGUUUUAGAAAAAUAUUAUAUGCACAGACUUCUGAAGAGGCACAAGAAAAAUAUGUUGAAACUAUGAAUAUAAGAAAUAACUAUCCUAUGUGGCAAAAAUAUAUCACAGUUCAUCACUGGAAAUACAAAGAAAAGUGGUGUUUAGCUUGGAGGGAUCAUACUAAUAGAGGCCAUCAGACCAACAACUUUAGCGAAGUAUCAGUGAGAAUUUUUAAGGAAAAUGUAUUAGGUCGUGUGAAAGCAUACAAUGUAAUUUCAUUGAUUGACUUUUGCUGUACAAAAUUGGAGGAAUACUAUAAAAAAAAAUUUUUAGAAUUUUCAAAUGAAAGAAAUUCUACUGCUCGACUGUUUUUUAAAAAUUUAAUUAAAAAAACUGAUUAUAUCAGCAAAGAAGAGAUUACUGUAGACAAUGAAGAAUUUUAUGUCCCAAGCGAAAAAAAUAAAAAAAUGAUGUAUUGUGUUGAACCAAAUAUUGGUGUUUGCUCAUGUGAAGCAGGUAUUCAUGGACAAUUUUGUAAACACCAAUGCAUAAUUUAUAAAUAUUUUAAUAAAAUUGGAGUUAAUUUUCCUCCAGUUACCAUAGAAGACAAAUACUUUAUAGCAAAACUGGCAUUAGGUGAAAAAGUACCAAAUAAGACAUUUUAUGAGGGCUUAUUACCUACAGAAGUAAUUCAUGAACAGUCACUUGUAUCACAUGACUUUCAUCAAGAUAUUGAUUAUGGUGAUGAUGCAAAUAAAAAGAGUUCAACAGAAAAUCCCAAGUUAGAACAACGUAAUUGUUUAUCCAUAUUAGAUGAAAUUACUCAACAAAUGUCUAAUAAAAUAAUGAAAUAUGGCGAGUCAACUUAUGAAAAUUUAUUAAAAUUUAAAAAAAGACUUGAUAAAAUACAUACAGAAGGGCAGUUUAAUACUUUUUUAGCAACAACAGGUACAUCAUCAUUAUCUCUUAGACAUAGAGAUGGAGCGUCGAUCAAAGUACAACCAACAACAAUAGCUAGGAGAAGACCAGGGAUUACUAGAGGAAGUAAACGUUUGCUAGCAGGUAGACCAGCAACAACUGAUAGUAACCGUCCCAAAAAGAAGCCCAGAAAUUUACAGAGUAACAUUAGAAAUUGUGUGACUAAUGCAAAAUCACAUUAA